UGUAAACAAAAACACGUUGCCAUUUUAAGAUUACAAAUCACAAAUUUAAAUCAAAUAAAUAUAUCAAUUAAAAAAAUACUAAAAUAAGUAUAAUGGUAGUAGCAAUAGGUUUCGAAGGAAGUGCUAACAAACUCGGAGUGGGAAUCGUUAGAGAUGGAGAAAUACUGGCAAAUUGUCGCCGCACAUAUAUAACACCGCCAGGAGAAGGGUUUUUGCCAAGAGAAACAGCCGAGCACCAUAGAAAUAACAUUCAUGAUGUUCUUAAAGAAGCCCUUGAAGAAUCAGGACUAAAACCGCAAGAUAUAGAUGUAGUGUGCUUCACAAAGGGGCCAGGGAUGGGGGCUCCUUUGAACGCCUGCGCGAUUGUUGCCAGAACGUGUGCGAAAAUCUGGAAUAAACCCAUCCUAGGAGUUAAUCAUUGCAUUGGCCAUAUAGAAAUGGGUCGGCUCAUUACAAAAGCAAACAACCCAACAGUUCUGUAUGUAAGUGGAGGCAACACUCAAAUUAUUGCUUACUCCCGGCAGAGAUAUAGGAUAUUUGGGGAGACAAUAGAUAUUGCAGUUGGGAAUUGCUUAGAUAGAUUCGCAAGAGUUUUAAAAUUAUCCAAUGCUCCAAGCCCUGGAUACAAUAUUGAACAAAUGGCUAAAAAAGGAAAAAAGUAUUUACAUUUACCGUACUCUGUGAAGGGCAUGGAUGUUAGCUUUUCGGGCAUUUUAUCAUAUAUGGAGGACAAAAUAGAUGAAUUAUUAAAAGAAUAUACACCAGAAGACUUAUGUUAUUCCUUACAGGAGACUGUGUUUGCUAUGCUGGUUGAAAUUACUGAGAGAGCCAUGGCACACUGUGAAUCUGAUGAGGUGUUAAUUGUAGGCGGAGUGGGUUGCAAUGAAAGAUUGCAAGACAUGAUGGGCGUCAUGUGUUCUGAGCGAGGUGCGAAAAUAUUUGCAACAGAUGAGAGGUUUUGUAUUGAUAAUGGUGUUAUGAUUGCACACGCGGGUGCUUUAGCACAUGCGUCGGGAAGUAGAAUGGAUUUCAACGAUUCUACAGUUACACAGAGAUAUAGAACUGAUGAUGUUUUUGUUACUUGGAGAUGUGAUUAAUAAAUUGUUGUUUUGAAA